GCUCUUAGGAGAUUUAAAUUUGACAUAUUUACAUAAAAACAUAUGGUUUGUGUUAUUUUAAGGAAUAAAACUUUAUAUUUCUAAAUUAAUGGACUGUUUUUAGUAGAAGAUAGUAUUUAUAAAGGAUAUUUAAUUUAAAUUAGCUGUAUCAAACUUUUUUAUUCGAAAAAAUGGACAGGAACCCAGGCUGUGAAUUAGACUUGGGAUGGUUAAACAGUGUUAAUGUUAACCUUUCUGCUAUAAACGAAUAUGCCAAAAAGCUACAGGCAAAAGAAAUUAAGGGUGUUUACAGGGCAGCAUGGAUAUUGAAAUCAAUCACUCUGAUCGAUCUAACAACUUUAGCAGGGGAUGACACGAAUAGUAACGUUUCCAGAAUGUGUUUUAAGGCUGCUAGACCUGUUGCUGAGGAUCUCCUAGAGAAACUUGGGUAUAAAUAUGAUAAAUUAUGUCCUAUAAGAACAGCAGCUGUAUGUGUUUACCCUGCAAGGGUUGAGGACGCUGUACUGUGCUUAAAACAACUAGGAUACUAUGAUGAAAUAAACGUUGCUUCAGUUGCUACCGGUUUUCCUUGUGGUCAAACUCCUCUACAAACACGCCUAGAAGAAAUUAGGUAUGCUGUUGAAAAAGGGGCUAAAGAAAUCGACAUAGUUAUUAACAGAUCAUUAGUUGUAAGAGGACAAUGGGAAGAACUAUACAGGGAGAUUCAACAAAUGAAGGAAGCAUGUGGUUCAGCUCAUAUGAAGUCGAUUUUAGCUACGGGGGAGCUAGGAACUUUAAAUAAUGUGUACAAAGCUGCCCUAGUUGUCAUGAUGGCCGGUUCAGAUUUUGUGAAAACUUCCACCGGAAAAGAGUCUGUAAAUGCUACUCUACAGUUCGGUAUAGUUAUGGCCAGAGCUAUUAAAGAUUAUUAUAAUAAAAUGGGAUAUAAAGUGGGAUUGAAGCCGGCUGGUGGAAUACGUACCAGCAAAGACGCUAUUAAUUGGUUGGUUCUGGUCAAAGAAAUACUGGGCGAUGAUUGGUUAACGCCCGAGCUCUUCAGGUUCGGAGCUUCAGGUUUACUGAGCGAUUUAGAAUGUAAUUUGUAUGAAUUUGUCACUGGGAAGUACCCAGCGUCUUAUCAAUUUUCUAUGGGCUAAUUUUUUCAUUUAUCAAUAUUUUUAAUAAAAAUUAUUGUUGAUAUUGUUUUAAUAUAAAGUGUCUUUUAUUUAUA